AUGUCAAAUGCUACUGAAAAGGAUCGCACUACUGACUCUGCCGAAGAGUACGGCUCCGACUCUGCCCCCGAGUCACCGCCUCCCCAGCCUCCCCGCCGUGAGAGAAGACAAAUGACGAGGACCCAGCGCCGCGGAAAGUCCCAAGCCGGCGGCGGCCAGCUCGCCGGGUUGGACAACCUGCCCGUGGCCGGAGAUUUGGGAAACCAAGUCGGGCAAGUAGGGCAGACGGCACAGGGAGCAGUCGGCGGCGUGACGAACGCGCUGGGAGGCGUCGCGGGCAAUGCGGUGCAGCAGCAGGGCGGUGGCGAGGACAAGAAGAGCGACACGUUGAGGCUACGGCUGGAUUUGAACCUGGAUAUCGAGAUUCAGCUCAAGGCCAAGAUUCACGGCGACUUGGAGCUGGCGUUGUUGUAA